AUGUGUACGAAUAAUAUUACUUGUUGCCAGUUCUACCCUAUUGGGGAGUAUUUAAGAUUCGUCAGGGUUCCUGAAUCUUUGGAAAUCGGUUCAGAGAUUUUGCUUGUUGAGGUUCACCCGAGGAGAAAUCUUUCUAUUCAGCCAGUUGAUCUAGGAAGACUAAGAUUGGGAUCUUUAGUCCUUGAUCAAAGGGUAUCUUCCAGAAGAGCGUCACGACCUCGGGGAACUAUUCCGUUAACCCAUGUCCCAGAAUACCUCUUGCAGGUUGGAGUACCUAGGUGGUAA